UUGAGAUUGACUUGCUCCUAAGUCAAAAUAAAUGAAUAAAUAAAUAAAUAAAUAAGAAUUUGACGAGGUUAAAUACCUUCAAUCAUCAUUAGAAUAUUGCCGACUUUUUUAAAUUAAAUUCAAUUAAAUUAAACCUCUAUAGCAACAGGUUGAGUUUGCGUUAAAAGUGAUGUAUGCGUUUAUGGUUUAGUUUACUGACUAUUAAGAGAUUUAGAAAAUGUAAAACUAUAAAAUAUGUGAGUUAAGAGAGAUGGGUUUAAUUAAUUUUCAGAUGAUCCAGCUUUAAAACUUUGAAUUUAAUUAACUUUUCCCCCAUUAACCACCAAUCAAAAUCUAUGUUUUACCAAUUCAAAUUUUCAGCCUAAUAUUUUAUAUCUAUAAACUCGAUUUCUUUAAACCCACCCUAUUUUAUAAACCAACGUCUAUAAAUUUCAUACUUUAUUUUGUAAUUCAAAAAAACCAUUGAUACGAAAAUAAUAUAUUUCCAACCGAGGAAGCAAUAAAACCAUAUAAUAGAAAAUCCAAUAAUUAAAUAAUCACAAAACAAGAAACCCCAAGAAGAUCGCACUUGGCUGAAGCAGUUCGAGGGUUUUAAAUUUAAACCCUAGAGAAGAAGAACGGCAUUUUGGGUUCCUUGAAGCGCACGGAACACAGAAAAAAUACGCCAUUGAUGAAGAAAAAGAAUAACUACAGAGAGGUCGAGGUGGUUCCCCAUCGGAUGCUAUAUUCAACAGAGCUAACGAUGAAGAUAUCGCAGCGGCUAAGUCCCGAGAAACUGAGAUCUUAUUUUCACUUCAUGCAAGAAUAUAGUUUUCGCAGAAUCGGGUUACCGCAACUUGUUGCAUCUGUUCUGCCUUUGUUGCAACACGACCAAGAUCUUCAGAAUCAGUUCCGGGAAGCCGUCCAUAGCGAUUUCUCGGUCCCACGAGCCGAAGAAACGGGCAAAGAAGAAGAGCAAGAAGGCAAAACCCGAGAUGGGAUGAAGGGGUGUCUUGAUGGUGAUGGUGACAGUAAGGAGGGCGAGAUUCGAGGAUGGAACCAUCAUCAUGAUUAUGGUAAUAAUGAUGAUGAGGAAGAGAUUACGAGCGGGGGGCAUUACCAUGGUGAUAACCAUCAUAACCAUCGGAAUGAUGAUGAUGAAGAAGAAGAUAUCAAAGAAGGCGAAAUCCGAGAUGGGACGAAGGAUUCUCUUCAUGGAGAUGAUGAGGCGGACAAUGGCAUCAGAGGAAACCAUCAUCAUGGGCAUCAUAACCAUCAUCAUCAUGGAAAUGAUGAUGAUCAUGUAGAUGACAAGAAGAAUGGAAACAGAGAUGACCAUCAAGAUCAUCAUAACGAUGAGCAUGAUGGGCAUGACAAGGUCCGGAAAGAAGAUGAUGACAAGAAGAUGGGUAAGCUAAACAAGAAUGGUUUAGAGGGAAAGAAGAAACGAAUGUACCAAGAGUUUAUGAAAAUGUCAAAACCCGAACUGAUAAAGAUGAUUCUAGAGAUUAUACCCGAUACCGAGGAUUUAUCUCGGCAAAGAUCCUCGAAGAAAAGGAGUAAAUCAAGUCCGGGUCGAGAUCCGGAACAGGUCACCCCCAGCUAUAGGCUUAUCCCGGAGGAAGACAGGCCGGAAGAACAGGAUCCAGAACUGAACAACAAGUACAUGUCAGUGGGAAAGAUGAGCCGAAGAUUUCGGAACCGAAAGAGACUAAGUCAUGACAAAAAGGCGAUGAUCAAAUGCGAAGAUGAAAUGUACGAAGCAGACAUGCUGAGAGGAACUCUGCAAAGAACAGCGGAGGAGGCGGAAAAGGUUCUGAGAGGGGAGAUGAAAAUGAAAGAUUUAGGAGUGAUGUGCUACAGAUGCAUAGAACAGUUGUAUGGAAAACAGGGGGAGGAAGCCGUGGAAGAAGUGAAACGAAAACCGGAAAAGGCUUUAAGUGUGAUCUUACCUCGUCUGAGGCAGAAGUUGCGGGAGUUGGACCUUUUCCUCGAAGAUCAGAAACCCGUCUGGAAUAGAACCUUUGUUGGACACUCCGAUAAGCUAAAGAUAUUGUGACCCGAGCAGGAAAGCAAUUCCGAGAUCUUUUCUUUUCUUUCUCGCUUUCCCUUUAGAGGCUUCGUGAUUUGGGCU